AUGGCAGAAUACCUCAUUGAUCUGACGCCGCGUAUGGCAUAUGUUGACCGUCACGAACUUCUGCGUUCGCUUCUGACGGAAAAGGAAUUCAUCGAGCGGCGGCAGGAACAGCUGAAUAAGAGCACGACAGUGUACGUUGGAAACUUGUCUUUCUACACGACGGAGGACCAAAUCUGGGAGCAUUUCUCCCGGUGUGGUCAUAUACGAGAUCUUGUGAUGGGACUGAGUGAAGUUACACGGACGCCCUGUGGGUUUUGUUUCGUGGUAUUUGAGUCCCAGGAUGGCGCCAUGAGCGCUGUGAUUGAUUUACACGGCACGCUGCUAGACGACCGCGUCAUAACCGUUUCAUGGGACGUUGGUUGUGACCACACACGACGCUGGGGUCGAGGUGCACACGGCGGGCAGGUUGUUGAUGGUGUGCGGCAGAACUUAGACAGUGCACGCGGCGGACUUGGUGUGUUGAGGCGUGAGGAGCUUGGCGUUGGUGCUGCAGUGGCGGAGGAUCAGUUAGUGCAUUAUACUUGGAUACCACCGCGACGGGUGGAGAAGCGCGGCCGUUCGUAA